UUCACCCUCGCUCGCAAGCAAACCUCCCCAGGAACCCCCCAUCCUGUAUUCCUCUGAUUUGACUCAUUUGACUUAGCAUAGCCAACUCGUAGGCGACUUUUAUCAUGAACAAUCUUUUUAUUUUUGGCCUUGGUUUUGGUUUUAACCAGCGCCGAUGUUUUGCUGCGACCAAGGCAUCUGAUUUUAUCGUCAGGUGCCGCAACUACAAGUUUCACGGGCACAGACUUUUCUGUUUUAUUCAUUUUUUAUUUAGCAUUGAACAUCCUGAGGAGUUCAUUCUCCACCCCUCCGUUUUCCAGGCCCGUCUCCCAGUCUUGGAAAACCCCAUUCCCGAGCCCCCGGUUCCCGCUCCCGUCGAGGCCCCGCCUACCCCCCCGGCCACUCCGCCCAGCCAAGAUGAGGACCAGGAUGUCACCAGAGCCCUCGAACGUCCAGAUGCCGUUCCCGAGCCCCCGGUUCCCGCUCCCAUCGAGGCCCCGCCAACCCUUCCGGCAACUCCGCCCCGCCAAGCCGAGGACCCGGAGGUUGGAGCCAGAGCCCCCGAGCCAGCCGUCCCUGAGCCGGCCGUCCCAGAGCCCGACGAAGAAGGGGACGAUAUCUUGGAGCCUCUCCUUUAGCUCCCAUCAACUUGUCGCCCAAGAAAUAUGCCUCCCCCAUGGUCC